AGAUAGAUAGAUAGAUAGAUAGAUAGAUAGAUUUGGUAAAUGUAGUGCAGAGAAUGGAAUAUUUUUGCCUGAGUCAGAGGAGAAGUAAUUUGUGUGUGUGUGCAUCUCUGUGAGUGAGUGUGUGAGCGUGAGGGAGAGAGUGAGUGAGUAAGUGAGUGCGAGAGACAGAGAGAGAGAGAGAGAGAGAGAUAUGUAUACUGAGAUAGACAGAGACAGAGACAGAAGAAGUGAUGGAGGAGGCAGGGGAGUGGUGGCAGGGCAAGAAGGGGAAACUAUAAAUAGAGUGACUAGAGAAAUAACAGAAGGAGGUCACCGUAUAUAUCUUGGGAAUUUUGUUCUUACGCUUUUCUUUCCCUUUUUUUGUCUUUUUCCAUUUCUUCUACUUUCUUCCCCAUUUUUUUUUUCUUUCCCACUUGGUUCGUAUGGACUUCAAAGAGAGGGAAGCGUAUUUUGAUCCCGUGAUCUGUGGUGUAAAGCAAAGCGGCUAAGGGCAUAUCUUCCGACUUCCUUUCCACUAGUAACUCCAAGUGCAACUAUGAGUGGCACUUGGAGUGGCGGCUGGAGUGAUACUUAGAGUAGAAAGGUGAAGUUGAAGGAGGAGAGCUUUAGUCAUCAUCAUCUCUCCCCGUUUGUUUUCUUUUUUGAUUUGUUUCAAAUCUUUUGUCUCUCUUUCUCUCUCUUUAUUUCUUUGUAUUUCUGUUUAUUGAAAAUUUGUUUAUUAUUACUAGUACCAUUAUUAUUACUAGUACCAUUAUUAUAAUUAUAAUUAUUAUUGUUAUUACUAUUAUUAUUAUUACGGUUUGUUUUCCUCUUCUUCUGAGUGGAUAUAUAUAUAUAUUUACAUACAUAUAUAUAUAUACUUUAUUUCUUAUUCGAAAUGCGUUAAUAGUAAGAAGAAAACAAACAAACUAUACUACAAUUUAUAACCAACAGUCAUACUAAAAUGACUGGAAACGGUGGACCUCAAGGGAAAAACCCCACAACGGAAUAUAUCAUGUCACGGAGGAAAAAGAGAUUAAAACGACUAUUAAAUCGCUAUGAGUUUGAUAAUGUUGAACUGGAAAAGUUAUACAAGAGAUAUAUAUACAAACUACAGCAAACCAGUAUCGGUUAUAUGUUAGCCGUGUUUAUAUUAUUAACAAUCUGCUUGGCAGCCCUCAAUUUUUUCUACCUCCUUUAUCCGACCAUUCGGAGCAUCUAUUUGUUAUUACAAUGCCUUUUCUUCAUUGCUGUUUUCGUCUUCAUCAAUACCCGCUAUAUGGAAGAAACGUAUUUCAUACCCCUCUGUUACGUCCUUAUGUUUUUCCUCGUUAUUUUUGCCACGAUGUCUUUCCCCAUUCCAUUCGGCGAUCGACCCCCUCUCGAAAGCCAAACCGACUUCAACAACAAAGACAGAGGACACAGUAACACAAUUUAUAAACAGCAUCUAACCAACCAUGACCAUCAAUACAACAACCGCAACGAGCAAAGCGGCACCGAAAACCCUUCCAUACUGAAGCCCUCUUUUCCGUCCGGUUUUACAUCUGACAAAGCGGCCGGAAAGUACCGGGUCGGUCUCGAGGACGAAGCGGUCACCAAUGUUGUCAACAACGACGCCGUUGCCGGUUCGACCCCUACUCCCGGUAACACUCGUUUAAUCCUACAGAACAGUUACUACCCGGAUAGUAGGUAUUUGUCGCUACCAAUCCAAGGAGUAUGGGAGGUCGCGUUCGUUGUGUUCAUGGUCUAUACACUGAUGCCCAUGCAGAGGAUGGUUUCGGUAAUGUUGGGAAUUCUAUUACCCAGUGGUCAUCUAAUCGUGGCAGGUCUGCUCAGUUCGGAAACUACCGCUAGUGACAGCAUACAGCUAUCACUAUGGAGACAGCUGCUGGCAAAUGGCUUGUUCUUCGCCUGCGUAAACGUGGCUGGGAUAUUUAUCCAUAAUCUCACGGAUCGUACCCAGCGGAAGACCUUCUACGAUACGAGGAACUGUAUUGCUGCACGGCUUGAGAUCGAGGACGAGAAUGAAAAACUAGAAAAAUUAUUGCUUAGUGUUCUACCUCAGCACGUUGCUAUGGAAAUGAAAGAUGAUAUUACUACGCCACACCAGGGAAUGUUUCAUAAAAUAUACAUCCAGAGGCACGACAAUGUCAGCAUAUUGUUUGCAGACAUCGUUGGCUUUACCGCUCUCGCUUCUCAAUGCACUGCCCAAGAGUUAGUGAGGAUUCUGAACGAGUUGUUCGGCAGAUUUGAUCAACUGGCUAAGAACAACAACUGCCUACGCAUCAAAAUCCUAGGUGAUUGCUAUUACUGUGUGAGCGGACUGCCGGAAGCCAGGCCAGACCACGCCAAGUGCUGCGUGGAAAUGGGACUGGAUAUGAUUGAUGCCAUUUGCAAAGUUUGUGAAGCAACAGAAGUACGGUUAAAUAUGCGAGUCGGAUUACACACCGGACGGGUAUUGUGUGGAGUACUUGGAAUGAAGAAAUGGCAGUACGAUGUUUGGAGCAAUGACGUCACUUUGGCCAACCAGAUGGAGGCCGGUGGAGUUCCUGGUCGAGUUCAUAUAACGAAGGCGACACUCGACCACUUACAUGGAGAAUAUGACACAGAACCCGGCUAUGGAAGUGAGAGAAACUCAUAUCUAAGGCAUCAUAACAUUGAAACCUAUUUUAUCAAAGCUAAGCAUCCGAGAAAACAGCCCAGCACCCUUUUCGAGAGAGGUUUCGGCGGACUAAGGCCCAAAAAGCUGUCCUUCCGAAAUGUAUCCAACUGUGUGAUGCGCCUGAUGCAAUCAGUAAAAUUCAAUGCUGAAAUACCAUUCUCCAAUGUACUCCUGUCGCCUGUAGAUGAAAAGUCUACAUCAAAACUGAGUAAAUUAGUAUCAGACAUUAGGAAGCCGUUUCAAGGACGCUUAUCAAGUGUGCCACCGCCGGAACCACUUGACCGAGUCAACAAAUAUCUGGCACAAGCUAUAACAGCAAGAAGUAUUGAGCAAGAGACUGCUAACCAUGUUCAUUUCUCCACACUUAGAUUCAAAAACUCGGCCAAGGAAAAAAAGUAUCAAGGAGUUGAUGACAUUGCAUUCAAUAGCAGUAUGAUAUGUUCUUUGGUGAUGCUUGUCUGUACAGCUGGAUUACAAGUCAUUGUUUUACCAAGGACAUUUCUGCUGUUACUGUUGUUUUUGGCUGCUUUCUCCUGGAUUGCUAUUAUCUUAAUCCUGAUUCUCAGCGUUAAAUUAAAGUGUACGACAUUUGAUAUCCGGAAGUCCUCCACCCUCCGUUUGUUCACCAUCAUCACAACAGUUCUUCUGAUUUAUGCAACUGCUCAAGUCAAUGUGUUUUGCUGCCAACCGAGUUUGAUCCUAAACUACACACUAUCGAAAUUUCCUGCCUUCCAGCUGAGUGAAGACAACACAAGCUUCACUGGAGAUAGUCACCUGAGAUGCGAACUACCACAAUACAUAUAUAUGAGCUGCAUCAUAAGCUUCAUUUGCGUGUCUAUAUUUCUGCGACUCUCGGCCCUGCUCAAACUUUUCAUGAUGUUAGCAAUGGCCACAGUGUGCAUUGUCCUAAUGGAAUACACGCAUAGACCUCUUUUCCAGCAGUAUGACUAUUUGCAUCAUUCUGUGAUUCCGACGGAUGUAGUUGGCAUAGUUGCCCUCAUUAUCUUCAUCAUCACGUUUUAUGUACAUGGCAGAAAGCAAGAAUGGACAUACAGAUUAGAUUUUCUCUGGAAAACCCAAGCAACGGAGGAGAAAAUAGAAAUGACAGAACUACAAACUAACAACCGUCAAAUAUUAUGUAACCUUUUACCAGCUCACGUAGCAGUCCAUUUUAUUGAUCACCAAAAUAAUACACAUAUGGAAUUAUAUAGUCAGCAAUACAACCGUGUGGGCGUGUUUUUUGCAUCGGUGUCUAAUUUCUCUGAAUUCUAUAUGGAACUCGAUGCCAACAACCAAGGAGUAGAAUGCCUACGCGUUUUGAACGAAAUCAUUUUCGACUUUGAUGAGCUCCUUACUGAAUCCCGGUUUUGUGCCAUCGAUAAAAUCAAAACGAUCGGGAGUAUUUAUAUGGGUGCCGUUGGUCUAAUGCCUACAUUAAUGAUUGAGGAUACAGACGCUUCUGUUACACACUACUUAUCCAUUUUGAUCGAAUUUAUAAUGGGUAUGAAAGAAAAACUGAAGAACAUCAACGAAAAUUCUUACAAUAAUUUCAUGCUGAAGAUCGGAGUCAAUGUGGGCCCUGUUGUAGCGGGUGUAAUCGGCGCCAGAAAACCCCAGUAUGAUAUUUGGGGUAACACUGUAAAUGUUGCCAGCCGAAUGGAAAGUACCGGCCGUCCAGACCAUAUUCAGGUCACAGAAGAAGUAUACAUGGCCCUUAAAGAUGUUUAUGACUUCAAAUGUCGCGGUCGGAUAACAGUCAAAGGUAAAGGUGACAUGGUUACCUAUUUCGUGAUGGGACUUAAAGGAUCUGCUUCGAAGUAUAGUCCCUGCAGCACUGCAGAAAGCUUAUCCAAAUCUAGAUCCCCGUCAAGAGAUUUCAAGGAGAACGCGCCACUUGUACCACAAAGUCUCAGUGUUAGCAAAGACCUCGACCGACAAGGAUCUCAAAAAUCACAAGGAAAAUCUCAAUCUAUUUACGGUUCAAUUAAUAUUGAGCGAAAACCAAGCUUAGAUUCUCUAAGGGGUCCGAACAGUACUCCUACUAGCAGCCUGAAUAAGAAAAGAAAAAAUAGCACUGAAAGUCCAAGAGAUUCGUCCGUUCGUAAUCCAUUGCGGAAACUGAGUAGCUCGUCUUUGACGAGUUGUAUAACCGCUGAUGUGUCUUACGGUUGCGUCGAUUCCCCUGAACUACCAACAGUGCAUUAUAUGAACGUUAAGAUGCAGAACAACGGCAAUGCAAAGAUAGACAAUGUUCAUAGUCCAACAAUUCAAAACGAAAUGUUUGACCAACUUAAAUCUAACACAGAACCAGAACCAGUCGAACGACCAGUGCAGUAUCGAAGCUGUCCGCGACAAAAUUUGUCUCCUGAAAGUGCAAAGAGCAGCACCAGUAAAUCAGCCCCGCCACAUUCAAGAGACAAAGUGUCAAAGAUACCCUCUCCCUCCAGAUCCUCUAAUAUGCCACAAGCAACAUCAUUGCCUGUUGUAACAGGAUCGUCAGCCAUUCGGAAAUGUCUUCGUACGUCGACAUCACCAACGCAGGCGGAAGACUAUUACGAAACAGGACCAAUAUUAGAAGAAAUACCAGAAAGCGAAAUUUUGGCAAUGAAUUGUAUGUUAAAGGAACUGGGGGAGGUCGUAGAUGAGACACAGAAUGGUAGAGACAAUAAAAGAAAGCAAUUUCAACGUUCAUUAGCGAACAAUAAUAAACAAUCUGGCGGUCACCUCCAAAGUCCUCAAAGUCCUGAAUAUGACAAAAAUACGAGGAAACAACAGAUCCCAUCUGGCGCCAAAUCCCCUCCAGCAAGACUGGAUAAAAACACAGUGACUCCGCAGCCGAUGUCAUUGGAUUCCAUACCGUUGAUACAAAAACCGAAACCACUGAUAUGUGAUAGUCGUCGAACAUCCUCAACAAGAUCCAAAUUAGCACCUUCCAAUUUACCUAAAGCUUCGUCCAUUCUUGCAAGUAUUGACGGUAAAAAUAUGUCUAUAUUACCUGCUGCAGUUGGAAAAGUAGAUGACGAAGAAAACCAAAAGAUUAGCCUAAUGCGUACCCCGUCAGAGAAGACACGGGAGAAACCAGAAUCCAAUGGUCCUUCAGAUAAAAGAAGAAGAAAGUCUGAUGGUACCAUUCCGAGUUUGAACACUGCUGAUAGCAAUGUAAAAAAGAUUCCGUCUGUAGGAGUUUGUAACCCAGUGGUUGUUCAGUCCCAGACAGAACCAUGUUUUCUAAAUACAUCUUCUGAGGAUGAAUUAGAAUCUGUCUCUUCCAACCAGUCAUCAGUUGUACAACUGAAGCCAAUAGAACUGAAAGUCAAAUCUGGUAUUAGACAACCAUUUACACGACAGGUUUCAUGCCCUGAAACGCCCCCUACGUCUGUCAGGAAUGCAAGGGUAGAUAACUCCGUCUGUCAUUCUAAAUCAAGUGAUACACUCAGCAGCUGCCCUUAUUCUUCACCAUCGACACCAAAGUUCCCUAUCCGCUUACACAGUGACAAUACUCAACUGAAUCGCUUGCUGCACGACCUCGAACGAGGUGUUGAUGAUGAUGAUGACGUUGAUGAUGACGAUGAAUUACAUCACACUGAACAUCCCGUCAAAAAAGAACCGGUUCCAUCUGAAGAUUUAAAGCAACGUAAGUUAAGGGCUCCUUCGGGAAUACCGAAGCUUUGUGUUACUCCGUCUGUUGCAAAAGUCACUUCUCCAUUGAAGCCAGCCACUGCUGUUGUGGCCCCAAUAGGACAGAAAUCCUCUUACAACAGGAGCAACAUAUCUAGUAAACCUCCCGUAGGAGUAACUAACAUGAGAAUGCCGGGACCGGCAAAUGAGCGGAACAAGGCUUGUGUAAACGGUAGGAGCGGAAACUUUGGUGCAAAGCCGAGAGUACUGCUAGAACCAGUAAAACAUUCGCGGUUGCCAACUGCUGUGGUCAGUAAUACAAAGAAGAAACGUCGGGAGAACUCUGUGGAAGAAAGCGAUGAGGAACGAGUGGGUGUUUCUGUUAAUCCUCAGAAGACCAAAACAUCUUUCGCAUGGCAACCCAGGCACCGUUCACCUCCCACAGUGAGCUCAAACGCUAAACAACGCCCUUCUGGUGGAACUGAUACAGCUGGAGCAGGUGCUAGCGGUUCUGCUAAUGGUGCUGGUGGUGGAGGGGCAAUUUCUCGUGUCGGUGCUGAAACAAGAACCGGUGUCACUAACAAUAACAACAAUAACAACAAUAAUAUCAAUCAUUGCAGCAAUACCAACAAUACCAACAACAACAAUAGCCUCCAGCAACGGAUCGCGGUGAACCCGUUUCAAGUGAAACGAAGGCCAAUAUUCAGUAUGCCUCCACGAUAUUGCCGUAGCUUAGAUUACAUCCCCAGUGACAAGGAAGAUCACGUGUCGUCUAAUGCUUCCUCUGCAACCGGAAGUCCUCAUAUAAAACACACGUAUUUAAUACCAUAUUUCGGUGGUGGUCGCAAACCCAUGGCCAUCGACAAUAUCAGUAUAUCGUCGUUUGCAAGCAGCAGUGAGAUGUCGAAAAGUGACCCAACUCUCAAUUUCGACUCCGCUUCAACAGCCUAUGAGUCUGAAUACGACAACUACCGACCCGGUCUGGUCAGCGAUGAGGAGUUCUUUGUCUCUGAUGCCAUGAGUGAUGUAGAUUUAUUCGAUGACAUCAACAUAGAGAACGUAACAGUCAGUGACAGCUACAGCCUUAACAUACCACUUCCGCUUCCGACUCACAAAAAGAUAACUAACGUUUGAAUCACCAUCAUUUUUUAAAAAAAAUUAUUAUUUCUGAUUUUCUGGCGGGGUGGGGUGAUUGGGAUAAGGAUAGGGUUGGGAGAUUCCUUUCUUACAAAAAAAAAGCACUUUGUUUCUCCCUUUAAAUACGCUUUGCUUUUCUAUGGUUUUGUUUGUUUUAAUAAUAAGAAGUGGAGGAGAAUAAAUAAGUGAUGAAUGGAUACAAGGGAUCUAAUACCCGUGACCAAAAUUGACAGAUGAACGAGGCUUUGAUUAUAAAAACAAAUGUGACGAGAACAUGAGAACGUUUUCUCCAUAUUUUGACUGGAGCAAGAUGGACAACAAAGAUUCGUCUGUUCUCACGCAUCAAAGUCGGUGACCGAGAGCUAUGAUAAUUAAAGACUACUAGAAAAAGACAAGAUUAGUAACAGUUACAGACAUGUGAUUUCUAGAUAACGAUAGAGAGACAGAAUAGUUUUAAGAUCUCAGGUAAAGAUUGUUGAGAGGCCAUAAAAUAUAAGCAAUGUAAAAAAUAAGGAAGCACAAGUAUUUUACAGGUAUUAGAGAUAUAUUAAUGAUACAGUAGACAUGCGUAUGUUAUCCCACAGACAUGGAAAUAAUAUAAAUUUUUACAUGCAGGCAAUAAAUAUUUAUUCACGGAAAUAUAACCGAUGUUAGAGCCAAGAAGAAGUACCUAUAAUGUCCCAAAUGGUCACAAUGUAAGUAAUUUUCUAGUAGCCGAGUUUGCUAAAUCGUCUACUCAAUAGAUGGAGCAAAUAAGUUCGGCGUUUGAGAGGAAGAAAGAUACUGGACGAGGGGUUAAAAGAGGUUGCCAGAAGGAAAUGGUGAAUUGAAAGAGACGGGGCUGUAGAGAGUUAUAGAGGGGAAAUGGAUUAGAGUGGAGAUGAGGGGAUGGUGAAAGAUUUUUGAGUAAUUUAUAAAAAGAAUAGCUUGAAGAUAUUUCGCUUUAAUCUUUGCUAAUAAGUUGAAGAAUUCCUUAACUAUUUAUAAACCAACUUUACAUUCGUUUAAAGAAUUCAAAAAGAUUUGCGUACUGCCUGCAGGAAUUGAGAAAAUGAAAUCUAUUAAAAACAGAGAAGAAAUAUUAGUUCAUAUUACCAGAAUUACACACAGAUUCAUAUAAAUAUGGUCAUGCGUAUAUGUACAUACAUACAAAUAGGCACAGAUACACACAUAUGUAUCCACUUAUAAGCAUACACACACGUAUAUAUAUAUAUAUAUAUUUACAUGCGUAUACACACACACACAUGUAUAUAUUUAUAUAAUAUAUAUAUAUAUAUAUAUAUAUAUAUAUAUAUAUAUAUAUAUGCGUACGUACACAUUUAUAUACACAUUUAUAUUCAUAUGCACAAGCACAUAAAGAUACACAAACAUACUAAUAUGUUGGCGAUAUAUAGGUAGAUAAACAGUAGGAUCUACCUAUUUCACUCUCUCCCUCACUAUCCUGUCUCUAUCUAUCUCUUUCUUUCUGCAUAUAUCAAAUACGUACACACACAUACACACAUACGCAGACACCUAUAUAUAUAUACAUACAGGUUUAUUGGGCAUAUCUUCACUGCCGCAGCUUAGCCAAUAUUUCGAACUAAGGGUUGUUUUUAGCCAUCGUCAGAGUAUAUCUACCUCUAUGACUAUGAUAUUUAGAAGAAACUGUUUUAAAUCGAUAAAGAGUAUAGUUCUAGUUUUAUUACAAUUAUACAAGAAAAAUAUGUUGAAUAAUACAGUAGAUAAAGCUCAUAAAAUAUCUUUUAAGAAUAUAGGGAAAAGAAGGCUUGUGCUAAAACGACUUCUGAUGUCACAAUCGGCUUUAUUGGUUUUAUCCUGAAAUACAUUGCAAUAAAGAUAUUUCACCAUUUGAAGAUAUGAAAUGGCAUAGUGAUUACGUUAUCGAAUUAUCGAUCAGUUAAUAGGUCAGGAAUAUAUAGUCAUGUUGCAACAAAGUCCUGUCUUUUCUUUCUGUUAAAAAUAAUCUUUUUGUGUUUUUUAAGUUUUUUUUUAGGCUUCUUUGCUUCCAAGCUUGAAAUUUCAGUUCUAAUCCUUGAGAGAUUCGGCUAUGAGAACCAUAUCGUUGUCAUAUACAGUUUCCUACGGCCAGCUGGGCCUAAGCUUUUCCAUUUUCCCUAGACAGGACACUCAAAUUGUCUACACUGUCUCAGUCCACCUAGCCAGGAGAAGAGUUUUCAUAUGCUGUGACUUUUUCUUUUCUUUGGAAAUAGUAGAACUACCUUGUAUUAAGUAAGAAAUUUAUAUCACACCCGCUUUACGCAUGGUGCAUAUUUCGACGAAAGGAUUAACUAGUCGAAGGAUUAUAACAAUACGGUUAGCUUUACUAAAACCAAUGUAAAGUCCAAACAAUAACGUUUAGUUUUACUUGGUCUUAUAAGAUUUUGUUUCAUUAAUAGUUUUUAAUCUUUUACGUGGGUAUAAUUUCUACAUACAGACGUGUCUUUAGACAACAGAACACCGUAACAACCUCUACUUCUGAAACGCUUCCUUAUUUUAUUUUGCAUUUUUAAAUUGGGAGUCAGCCCAAACUUUAAUUGGUAUAGCCACAUUUAAUGGGAUUUUUCUCCGGACAAGAAUGUUCGAUGGUAAUAAAAGGUAGCAUGAUAAGGUCCUUUCUUGCAAUAGGAGGGAGGUUAACUUUGGCUGAUAUUAGUAUGUGUAUGUAAGUAUAUGUAAGUAUAUGUACAUGCGCGUGUGUGUGUGGGUGUGUAUGUGUGGUGCAUUUGUAAUGGGAUAUAGUGUGUUUAAUCAGCUUAAAGCAAUAUAUUUCUAUUUAUGCAACUGGAAAGUGAUUCAAGACAGUGUUGAUCUCGGAAGGGGUAAGAGACAAAGUUGUCUCCGAUCUGAUAUUACUUAAGAAAUGUGCUGCUGAACACGAUACGAUAAAGCACUUAGUCCGGCUCUCAGCUACCUACGCCCUCGCAAUCCUCAUGACGACGACGGCGAUGAUGACAAUGGUGACGAUGAUGAUGAUGGUGACGACGACGAUAGUGAUGAUGAUGAUAAUAAUAAUAAUAAUAAUAAUGAUAAGAGAAGAAUUAUAAUUAUAAGUAUAAUAAUAACAAUAAUAAUAAUCUUUUCAAUAAUAUCAAGCCAAUGAUGACAAUGAUGAUGAUGAUGAUGAUGAUGGUGAGGAGGAUGACAAUGAUGAUGAUGAUGACGAUGCUGAUGAUGACGAUGACGAUGACGACGAUGAUGCUGGUGAUGGUAAUAAUGAUAAUGAUAAAUAUAAUGAUGAUGAUGACGAUGACGACGACGACAAUGCUGCUGAUGAUGAUGACGAUGACGAUGACGAUUAUAAUGAUGAUGAUGAUGACGACGAUGAUGAUGAUGAUAAUGAUUAUGAUGAUGAUGAUUUUUAACGAUGCUAAUUCGUAAAAAACACUAUCAAAGCGUGAUAAAUAGUUUUGCCCACUUGCACGUGAAACCCUGACUCUUGCGUAUUUUUCUCUCCCAAAUCAUUAUUUUUAAAAAAUGAUAAUAAACUGUUUGAGGAACGAGAAGAGAAUGUCACAAGAAAUAUUACUCAUUGACUUACAAUCGAGUUGCCCACAUUGUAACUGUCCGGUCAAGUUGUUUGCUGAAAAAUUGUAUUUUUGUUUUAUGGUAAAUUUUCGAGUAUAUGUAAAACGUUUAUAUUUUAACAGAGAAUAUUUUUUCUUUUAUUUAUAUUCCUUCCUGAAUUUUUUUCCUAUAUUGGAAUCUUCGAAUAAUGUUCAAACACGAAGAACAUGACUGCUUUUACUAAUUCGAUUCCCAAAAUAAUCUUUUUCUAAUAAAUUCAAUAAACUGAAAUAUAUUUUCAAAAUAUGAAGAAGAAAAAAAAACAAAAACAAAUUGUGUUGGAUAUUUGGAUAGAAAAUUAUAAUAAAAAAUAAAAUAAAAUAAAAUAAAAUAAGGUGGGUUUGUGCUGAACUAGGCUUGGGAUGACGGCAUCAUCAAAUAAAACUGUGAAUAAAAGCAGCUGAGACCAAUAACUGCAUGAGUUGUAAAGGAUGGUGAAUAAGCUUCCGGGCUUUUAUUGCAAAAGGAACAAAGAAAUUUUGGCGCCGGUGUAUUUUCUGUGUAUAUCGCAAUGCAAUGAUAUUUGUUUAGAUCAGAGUUCUAAUGACAGAUGAAACCAGAUAUAUGUGCAUAGUUGAUCUAAGAAUGUUAGAGAAAUUUUGGAAGAAUGAAAGAGAAAUGAUAAUAAUAAGAAUAACAUUGAUCAUAAAAAACCUCACGAAAUAAAAACUGAGAAGACCAAGUAUGAAGUUAAUGUUUUCUUCGUCACGAUUAUUUACCAGAUGGCUUGCUUUGUAAACGACGGUGAAUAAAUAUUGGCAUAUAGCAGAAUUACAUUAUUUUAAACAAGGAAACAAAUACAGAUUCUGUGUAAUUUCGCAAUAUCAAGAUGGUGGACUACAAAAAAAAAUUUUUUUAAGAUCAGAUACUUCAUGGUGACAUUUUACUACAUGCUACAACUGUUGUCGCUGCAAACACGAUUGUAGAGCGAAUUACCACAUAUAGGAGAGGAUUCGGAAAUAGAUGAAAUAAACAAACGAAAACAUAGAAAGCAAGCUAUUAUCAGAAAAAAAAUUAUCAAUGAAAAUUUUUAAUUUAUAACAAAAUCAAUGUCAUCCUAAAAAAUUAACGAGAGAUAAACAAAGAAAAUGAAAUUAAAAACAGCAAAAAAAAAACAAACUAACAUUCAAUUUCCAAAACUCAAUUGUUAUCAUUAUUAUUAUUGUUAUUGUUAUGAUUAAUAUUAUUAAAUAUCACUGCUGUUAUUGUUAGCAAUAUUCUGUCGUCGGAGACUGGAGUAACUUUUUAAACUGUAAUACUUUAUUAACAAUUCUCCAGUUGGGCCCUCUACGAUAAUUCGGCAAACAAACCAAAACUGAAAUGGGUUCUUAUAUAUUUCCUCCUUUUUUUUAUUUUAUAUUUUCGAAAUACGGAAGUCAUUGCGAGUGAGAGACGCUAACCGUCUCAACCAAAUACAUGAAAGUUCAAGAUGAGUGAAAGUUUCAACGUUUAAUCGGAAAGAUUGUCUAUAGUUUGUUCAUAUAUAUAUAUAUAUAUAUAUAUAUAUAUUCAAAUGUAAAUAUAAAUACAUACAUAUAUAUAUGUAUAUAGAUAUAUAUAUAUAUGUAUGUAUAUAUAUAUGGGUGUAUAUAUAUAUAUACAUAUAUAUAUAUAUCAUAUAUAUAUAUGUAUGUAAGUAUGUAUGUAUAUAUGUAUGUAUGUAUGUACAUACAUUAUUUCAUUAAUUACACAGAGACUAUUAUGAUAACAUUUUUCUUUGUUAUGAAAACUACAUGACAUUGUUUUUUUCUUGAUUUUUUUUGUUUUUAUUUUUGGGGAUUUUCAUUUUUUCUUCUUUUUUUUUUGUUCGUUUGUGCUAUGAUUCGAAACUUUACCACUGAAUAAAACUCUCAAUAAAUAUCAGAAACAUGAACAAAAGAAGUUAAUAAUAAUAAUAAUAAUAAUAAUAAUAAUAAUAAUAAUAAUAAUAAUAAUAAUAAUAAUAAUAAUGAUAAUAAUAAUAAUAAUGGACAUCAAAAAAACACGAAAAGAAAACAUCACGUUCAAAAAUAUUAGGUAUUUUACACUUUCCCUAAGAUUUAAGAAAUUAUUCAAACCUGUCACAAACAUAUCUUUAUUUAACACCUUACAAAUGCAUUUGUCUAUAUUCAAAAUAAGAACACAAUAAUAACAAAACAGAACACAACUUAAUUUACUAUUUACAAACGAUUACAGUCGAGGAGAUUCAGAAACUGUAUAAUAUUAUUUUCUUUUCAAUAGACCACACUUGGUGUUUGAAAUACUUGGUGGAGUCUAGCUUAUAUUUCUGUACUUUUUAUCAUAUUUUGUGUUUUGCAAUCUUAUCUUGUAUUAUUUCUAUCUAUUUAUAUCUGUUUGUGAUUGUCAAAUAUGAUUUUCAUUUGCCGAAGAA